AUGGCUAUGGUAAAUGGUAUAAACACUAAUAGCGAUGGAAUGACAAGUGCAAGUUAUAUGGAUAGUGUUGAAUUACGUUUAAAUGAAUUAGAAAGAUUGUUGUUUAAUUCAUCGAUUAAAGAUCAAUCUAUAAGUGUUGAAGCAUUAUUAGAUGCUUUUAUUGUAUUAUACGAUGAAUGUUGCAAUUCAACGUUGAGAAGAGAAAAAACAAUCGCAGAAUUUAUUGAUCAUGCAAAAUCAUUUGUUACACGAGUAAAAAAAUGUCGCUUAAAUCGUGAUGAUUUUGAAACAAUCAAAAUUAUUGGACGUGGAGCAUUCGGAGAAGUUGCUGUUGUACGCACGAAAAAAACUGAUCGUGUUUAUGCAAUGAAAACGCUGAAUAAAUGGGAAAUGUUAAAACGAGCUGAUACAGCUUGCUUCAAAGAAGAACGUGAUGUACUCGUAUUUGGUGAUCCACACUGGUUAACAAAACUUUAUUAUGCAUUUCAAGAUAGUGAAAAUCUGUAUUUCAUUAUGGACUAUUAUUUUGGUGGUGAUCUGUUAACGUUACUUUCAAAGUUUAACGAUCAUUUUUCCGAGGAGAUGACACAUUUCUAUGUGGCUGAAAUGGUUUUAGCUAUUGAUUCAUUACAUAAACUGGGCUAUGUACAUAGGGACAUUAAACCAGAUAAUAUUCUUCUCGAUGGCCAGGGGCAUAUUCGUUUAGCAGAUUUUGGAUCAUGUUUAAGAAUGAGAGCCGAUGGAACAGUUCAAUCUAAUGUGGCUGUUGGAACACCAGACUAUAUUAGUCCGGAAAUUCUACGAGCCAUGGAACAGGGGCAAGGUCGUUAUGGAUCGGAGUGUGAUUGGUGGAGUUUAGGAUGUGCAAUGUGGGAAAUGCUUUUUGGUUUACCACCAUUUUAUGCUGAAAGUUUAUUAGAAACUUACGGAAAAAUUAUGAUGCAUGUUCAGAAAGAAUUACCAUUGCCAUUUCCAAGCGAUAUCGACGUAUCAGAUAGUGCAAAAGAUUUACUUAAACAUUUAUUAUGUACAUCGGAACAACGUUUAGGAAAAAAUGGUUUAGAAGAUUUUAAAAAUCAUUUGUUUUUUCAAUCAAUUGUAUGGUCUAAUAUACGCCAGUCAACCGCUCCUUAUAUUCCUGUUGUUAGCAGUCCAAUAGAUACAUCUAACUUCGAUGUUGAUGAUAUUGAACCAUCAUCAAAAGAUACCGUAGCUCCUGUGUCACACGCAGCAUUUACAGGUCAUCAUUUACCUUUCAUUGGUUUUACCUUUUCAUCAAAUAAUCGUUUUUCCGAUGCUCCCCAUAAAUUAUCACCAUCCUCAAAUAGUACUCAAGUCCUCCCACCACCUGUACCAGUUGUCGCUAAAGAUGUAUGUGAUUCUUUUUCUUCGGAUAAUUCAACGUCAAAAAUUCAAUCAUAUGAAGAAACAAUUGUAUCGUUACAAUGUCAACAAACAAGUUUAUUAGAUGAAUUAAAACGUUUACGUGAAGUAUAUGAACAGACAAAAUCUGAUACAAUUGAACAAUCUCGACAGGUAAAACUAUUAAAAGAGUAUUAUACGAAUGAAUUUGAUUCUCUAACAAAUCAACAAUAUGAUUAUUAUUCAAAAAUAUUAAAUAUAUUCAAUCAUCUUCGACAAACAUCUCCAUCAUCAUCAUCAUCGACACCACAAAACCUAACCGAACUACAAAUGAAAAUACGUGAACAUCUCGUGUAUUUUGAUGAGAAUCAUAAUCUGGAAUUGAGUAUUAAUCAGCAAUCGAAUAAUUUUGUGAACAACGAUACAUCAAAACGAAAAUUAUCGAAUAAUGAUAAAUUAUUACUUGAUAAUUUAAUGAAAUUUGAACAAAAAUUUGAACGAUUAUUUCAAAAUAUGAAUAAAACUAGAAAUGGUAUAGAUGAUGAUCCAACAAUCGAAGAUGAAAGUGAAGAUGAUUUAGAGGAGGGUGAUGGUGGUGAAAGUGAUGAAGAAUCAGUAGUAAUCACAAAUGAACAACAAAUUGUCGAUGGAACAGAUUUAACAGUGAAAAAAUUUAAUAAAAUGAUGAAAUAUGUCUACACAAAAUUGAAACUAGUAUUACGCGAUAAAUAUGAUGUUGAAGAAAAAUUAAAUAUAUUUGAAGAAAAACAUUUGUCCUACAGAAAAUGGGAAACACAAGUUUACGAUAUAUUAAAAUGGAUAAGUGAAGAGAAAACAGCAAGAACACAUUUGAAGGGUCUUGCAUUGAAAAUGGCAGAAGAGUUAGAUACAAUUAGAGAAACAGGAUGUCUAGCAUCACCAUUAACAUCCUCAUCAUCGACUGGGCACAAUACGUCAUGGAAACAUGGCCGAUCUGUAAAAUUAAAACAUAUGGAAAUUCAACAAUUACAAACAUCUAUACAAAAAGAAAUUGAAGCAAAACAAAAAAUUCAUGAAGAAUUAAAAGAUUGUCAAGCAGAAAAUAUUUUAAAAGUCGAAGAAAAUCAACAAUUACGUGAAGAAAUAGAAAAACUUCAACGUGAAAUGAAUCAUUUCAAACAUUUGUAUGAAAAUUCGCUAGAUCAUCAUACUCCAAAUAAUAGUGUAACACGAUCGGGUAUACUUCGAUCACCGGGAGGUAUUGUAACAACAAAUAAUUUUUCUCCAGAUAAUUUCAUGGAUGAUCAAUCAUUUAACGUCAACAAUACAUCAUUUGAUCGAUUUUUACGUAGUGCUACAGCUGGAUUAUCAGAGACACGUAAUGAUGAACUUUCAACGACAUUCGAUAGUGAUCGUGGAGAUAAUAUCGAUGAUGUUUUACAAUCAAACAUACUAGUACCACCAACAUCGUCAAUUCUGAAACCGCUUUUACCAUUAAAAAAUGAAUAUCAUGAUUUUCUCAUUGCAAAUUUUCACGUAACUGCAACGUGUGAUGAAUGUCAAAAUGCUUUGAUUGGAUUAAUUCGGCAAGGUUUUGUCUGUCAACGAUGUAAAGUGAUCUGUCAUCCAGACUGUAUGGAAAAAAUAACGAUGCCAUGUCAGUUAACUACAAAAGAGCGAAAUCGAUCACCACUGACAGAUCAGCAUAUUGUUCGAGUACCAAAAGCUGGUGGAAUAAAAAAAGGUUGGAUGAAACAUCAAUUGCUGAAUUUACAAACAAAACUCUUAUUCUAUGAACUAUCACCAGAAAAAGAUAAUAAAAUAACAUGGGCGCAACCGUCAUUUAUUCUUGAUUUAACAGAUGAAGAAUUCAAUGUUUCAACAGUAUCAUCAUCGGAUGCUUAUCAUGCAAAUAAAAAAGAUAUAGCCAGUAUUUUCAAAAUCAGUGUAUUGAAAUUAGCUUCACCAAAACAUCUUUAUCAUACAUUGAUAUUAACAAAUAAUGAAGCUGAGAAAACACAAUAUAUCAAUAUGCUCUCAGAUUUAUCUGUUAAAGUCAAAACUAUGAAACAAAAUGCUGGCUUUAUUGCCAAGGAAUUAUUUGAUACAUCACGUUGUUCCGCAUUAAAAGAAUCACCAGCAGCAGCCAUUCUAGAUUCUGAUCAUAUUUUUGUUUGUGGUGAAGAUGGUUUAUACUUAGUCAAUGUAACAAAAGAUUCUUCUAUCAAAUUAAGUGAUAAAAAAGUCUAUCAAAUAUCUAUCGUAAAUGAACUAAAUUUAUUAUUAACAUUAUCUGGAAAACAGCGUACAAUACGUUGUCAACCAUUGAAACAACUUAUUGAACCAUUUCUUCAUUCUCAUCAUCAUCAUAACGUUCAUCAUCAUGCAAUAUCGUCAUUAUCAACAACAGAAGGCUGUAAAAUUCCAGAAACAAAAAAUUGUACAACAUUUGCCGUCAGUAAACCGAUAACAAAUAAUGGUCAAGCAAUAUUGUGUGUAUCAAUUAAAAAUCGUAUAUUGAUAUAUCAAAUAUUUCAACAACGUCCAUUUCACAGUCUUCUAAAAGAGUUUAACAUAGUACAUCCAGUACAAUAUUUAGAAAUUAAUCAGGAUAAAUUGUAUUAUGGUUAUCCAUCUACAUUUGUUAUGCAAAAAAUUAAUACAACAAUUGAUGGUGCAAAUAUUUCACUUCUCCGCGACGAAGAUCCGACGUUACAAUUUUUUCGUGAACGUCCAAUUGAAACAUUACGUGUAAUACCUGUUAGUAACAGUACAUCAACAGCAACUGCCAAUAACAACAUAGAACUUUUACUAGUAUUUCGUGAAUUAGGAAUUUAUGUAAAUCAAAUGGGUAUUCGUACUCGUCAUCGAGAAUUAAUGUGGUCAACAGCUCCUAUUAGUACAGCAUAUCAAGAACCAUUUCUCAUGAUAUUUACCGAUCGUUCGAUUGAUGUCUACGAUGUUCCAUCAGCUACUUGGGUACAAUCAAUUCCUUUACAACGAACAAAACCAUUAACAAAUGAUGGCUCUGUACUUAUUACCAAUGAUCCGGAUAUAAAAAAUGAUGCAGCUAAAUUACUCUAUUUUGUUCAACGUUCACAUCUUCGUUCACCUCCAUCAUCAAAUAGUUCUGCUGCGAUCAUUCUAAAUGUUCCAGAUAAAUCAAAAAGCAUUGGUAAUUCAACAAAACGUUUUCGUGUACCGUCGAAAUUGUUAAGUGAUCAAUCAUCAAAUGUUCAACAACGAUUAACCACACCACAAAUAUCACAAAUAACAACGUCAACAAUCACAAGUGGAAACGGUGGUGAAAGUCAAGAAAAUGUAAAAUCACUCAUUUCUGGUCCAAAAGAUUUUACGCAUAUAUCUCAUUUGGGAAAAGGUGAAGGUUUACAAAUAAUAUCAGGCCUCAAACAAAUUUCACCAUCCAAUACGUUAAUGAGCAAUCAUAGUCAAUCUAAUUCAUUAAAUUCGUCUAGUUAUGGCGGAAGUGGUAGUACAUUGAAUACACAACAACAACAACAACAACAACAACAAAAUAUGUUUGCAUCAAAUGGAUCGGCAUCAUCAGCUCAUCGUCGAUCAAUUAUUUCGGGACCUCUUAAUUUUGUACAUUUAACACACAUAGGACCAAGUGAUAUUACCACAUUUUCUUCAGAUUUAUCAACAUCAAAUACGUCGACAAAUAAAGCAAUUAUAUCUGCUCCAAUGAAUUUUCGACAUCAAGUACACAUUGGACCAUCAACAUCAACUGAUGAACCGAAAAAGGAACAACAAACAAAUAGUCAUGUAAUAAAACAACAGACAAUUGGUAGUGGAGAAAAUACUUCAACAGUAUCAUCUCGAUCGAUGUCACUAAAAGACGACGAUGAAGAAGAUGAAGAGGAAGAUGAUGAUGAAAACAACGAGAACAGUAGUAGCAAAGAACAUCGAUUAAUAUUGAACAUGAACGAUGAGAAUGAUGGAAAUAGAAAGAAACAAAGUUAUUCAUAA